UCACAAUGCAACAAUGUAAAUUACAUUGUCAUGGCUUGCUCACAUGUUUGGCAUUUAUUUGCUUUUAUAAUGCUCUAGAUAAUGAGCUUGUUCAUGAUGAUAUUUUUGCUAUUACCAACAACAUGGAUUUACGUCCUGAAACACCGUUUGUUAAUCUUUUUUACAAUGAUUUUUGGGGUCGUUCAAUUAAAGACAAUAAAAGCCAUAAAUCUUAUCGACCAUUGACAAUACUUACUUUUCGAUUAAACUAUAUGAUCCACAAUCUACAACCAUUUGGUUACCAUCUUGUAAAUGUUGUUUUGCAUAUGGUGGUUGUCAAUGUUUUCUUUUAUGCUUUAUACAAAUACAUUUUUAGAGGUGUCAGAAGUAGUUUGUUUGCAGCACUAAUAUUUACAACACACCCUGUUCAUGUGGAAGCUGUCACUGGAGUUGUUGGAAGGGCAGAUGUUUUAUCUUGCUUAUUUUUUUUAUUAUGUUUUAUAUUUUUUAUUAGAUAUUCUGAAGAGCGUAAAUUUAAAAAUAGAUGCUCAAGUAUUUUUUUUUGUCUGGCACUUCUUUUUGGAACGAUAUGCUUGUUUGUAAAAGAACAUUCUGCAAUGGUAUUUUUUGUUUGCAUUCUUUACAACAUGAUUAAUAAUAAAAAAAAUCUUCAAAGAGAUUUUUUGGAAUUAUAUUCUGGAAAGAAGAAUAAAGAAUUCAUCAGGAACAUCAGCAACAAAACCAAAGAUAUGCUUAAAGAAAAUAUUUUAUUACUGACUUGGGUUACUAUCUUAUUUGGAUUAAGAAUUAUCAUUAUGGGAAGUGAAUUACCUAAAUUCCAAAUUGAAGAUAAUCCUGCUUCUUUUUCACCAUAUUUAACAACAAGAAUAAUGACAUACAUUUACUUACUGGUAUUUAAUUGUCAACUUUUUUUGAUUCCAUAUACUCUUUGUUAUGACUGGCAAGGAUCGAGUAUACCUCUGGUAGAAAGUAUUUCUGAUUAUCGAAACUUACAAACACUUAUGUUUUUUGUUAUACUUACAUCUCUUUUUUGGAAAAAUAUAAUUGAUUGCUCAAAGUGCAGCAAAAUAGUUUUGGUUGGUUUUAUUUUGUUGUGGAUACCAUUUAUUCCAGCUUCAAACAUUUUUCUUAGAGUUGGUUUUGUUGUUGCAGAAAGAAUUCUAUACAUUUCAAGUUUAGGUUUUUGUAUAUUAGUUGCAUAUGGUCUUGAUGUACUUAUUGUGUUCUUCAAAAACAAAAAAUUACUUUAUACUUUGUUUUCUGGUCAAAUACUGCUUUACUCAAUAAAGACAAUAACAUACAAUAAAGUCUGGAAAUCAAGAGAAAGUCUUUUUAGAUCAGGAAUAAAUACUUUACCACACAACGCAAAAGUACACUAUAAUUUUGCUAAUUUCUUGAAAGACACAAACAAUACAGAAGAAGCAAUUCAACACUAUCAAAAUGCUGUUAGAUUGGAUCCCUCACAUUCUAGUGCACAUAACAAUCUAGCAACUAUAAUCAAUAAUGAUGAGAUUGCAGAAUAUCAUUUAAUGGAAGCUCUGAAGUAUACUCCUGGUCAUUAUAGAGCUAUGGUCAACUUAGCAUUGUUAUACAGGAAAAAAAAAGACUAUAAUCGUUGCGAAGAUAUGUUACGUCGUUGUUUAAGUUUUAAACCUGAUUAUAUGGAUGCACUUAUAUUAUUUGGUGAAAUUCUUUAUCAAAGUAAAAAAGUUAGUGAAGCUCUUAUGUUCUAUGAAAAUCUCCCUGAAACAUACGCUUCAAACUUAAACAUUCAGAGGGGGUAUGCAAAUGUUCUAGGAGGUUCUGGUAUAAUAGAGAAAGCAUUUGAGAAAUAUGAUUCAAUCUUACGCGUUUCACCUAAAAGUUAUGAUAUCUAUCAUGAUUACUCAAAUCUUCUUGAACUAAACGGCUUUCAUAAGAGGGCAGUAGAUUUAUUAGAAAGGGCUAUAUCUAUUGAUGAAUCAAAACCAGAUGCAUACCAUUUAUUAGCUGUGAUGUAUUAUAAACGGAAAGAUUUUUUUUCGUCAAAAAAUGUUUAUCAAAGGUUAUUUAAACUUAGUAAACCAUCAGCUGAACAUUUCAAAAAUUAUGCUAUUGUGUUAUUUGAAUUAAACGAAUUUGAUAAAGCUAUUAAAGUCUUGAGAGAACUUGUUCAAAAAUUUCCUUUAUUUUUGGAAGGUUACUAUACCCUUAUAAAUUUUCUUCAUAAAACUGGAAAGAAAAGUGAGGUUGAAGAGACAGUUGACAUGGCGUUAUCUUACUUUCCGGAAGACCAUCAAAUUCUUCUUCAAAAAGCAAGCUCCAAACGAGAAGUUAAAGAUUACAUUCAAGCAAAAAACAUAUAUCAUUCAAUUUUGGCAAAGACUUCAAAUAAUUUUGAUGCUUUAUUAAACUUAGCCAUUGUUCUUCAUAUAGAGGGUAAUUACGAAGAGGCGAUUGGUUAUUAUGAAAAAGCGAAAGAAAUUCGUCCACGUGAUCCUAUCGUAAUGGAAAAUAUCUCGAGAGUAAAACGAUUACUAUUAAAAACUGUUUAAACUAAAAACCCUUAAAUAAUGCUUAGUUAUUAAUAAUUUAGUGGAUGCGGUUCGCAAGUUUUCAAAUUAUUUUAUAUUAACUGCUAUAUUUUGUUCAAUAAAGUAUAUUUCUUCAUAGAUUGUCUCUAACAAUCGUCAAAACUAUAGAUACUCAAAACAAUUUUGACAGUAAAUAAAUUUUUAAAAUAAACAACUUUUUUCUUUUUAUAAAUAAACAUUAAUUUAACUUGUUAUUUGAACUGUUCAGUUGGUCAAUGAACAUGCGUGGUUUCAGUUGGUCAAUGAACAUGCGUUUCUGUUGGUUAAUUUUUUUUAUAUAUUUUUUUGUAUCCAGUUUAGGUGGAGAACUAAAUUGUUAUCACUGUGUAAGCAAAAAAUCGUUAGAAGAUUGUGAAU